UCAACGUGUUUCGUAAAUUAUUAGACGAAUUAUUUAGCUUGGCUAAAUCGAGUUUAAAAACGAGCGUUGUGUUUGAAAGGUUACUGUCAAGAACAGUGCAUUGCUGUUUCGUCUCGCAAACGAUGGAAAGGGCUUCAUGUCCUCCGAUGCACGUAAACGGAUAUUAAAAUCGCGUCAAAAAUAUUUAACGGGGUUUCCAAUGAUAAAGCGCACAGCGACGAUUGUAAAUAUACUCCGGCGUCACACGAUCCGGACCUUCGAGAGCUGUCAUUUCAAAGAGGUCUGGCACGUGAAAUAUAGUUAUUAAUCGUGUGUGACUUCUUUUCCUGCUUUCUAGUGUUGUAAAAAUCUGUUUCUGCGGUUAUGAAAAGUUCACCCAAUUUGAAACGUUCGGAGAAACAUGUAUAUGUUGAAUUUGUGGAUGCAAAUAGUCCUGUGUAAGGUUUAGCAUAGAAGACGUAACUCUCUGGAGUCGCAUAUUUAUAUAAAAAGUUACAGAUUUAUUAUUUUUCACCUACAAACGGAUGGACCUAAAAAUCCUAUCUUCCUAUCGCAGUGUCUGGAAUCGGACUCCCGUGUCGCCGGACCCGCGGAUAUCCCGACACCAGCAUAGUGAUGUUAAGGCACUACAGGCUCCGACUCCCCUGGGUGUCGGUCUCCCUUACUUUUUACAUCUUAUAUUUCCAAAAAAAGAAAAAUGCAACAAGGGUAUAGACAUACAGAUGUUACAACAUGACAGAGCAAAGGUAACAUCAAGUGAACGAAACAGAAAAACAUCUCAGAACUUUAUCAAUAGCACGGAAGCUGUGUGGUGUUAGGUGUCACAUUAAAUACGUUUAUACGCUAUAUCCUUUUUGUAAACCAACUCGCCAAGCAUAUUUUAACAUAUUUUUAAUGGGUAUAGUGUACUGUAUAGCUUAAAUGAGUAUACAAAUUAUUUAAAUCACAUAGGUGUUUCACUCUACACGUAUGUCAAAUUCUGCCAACAUGAGAAUGAUAUUUAACAUUAUACGUCUGAAUUCAGAACACCAAGAACAAUAUCCUUAAAAGUCAGAUGUACACGAAUAUUACUAUUAUUUAGCCUGUCUCCGAUACAAAUGUAGAAAUAAAGGUGUUGUGGUGUUCAUGUUAAUGACCCCCCAGGCCGUGUAAAAAGGUGAUUCCACGAAAACGACAUCUUUUGUGUUUGGUUUUUCAUUCCCAUUAAGACAGAAACUCGAUGUAGCAUCGAGGCGCGGGCCUUAUGGUCCCUGCGCACGUGCCGCGGUGGCUCGCAGCCUCGGCAGCAGCGCGCGCGAGAGCGAGCGAGCGAGAGAGAGAAAAUGCUGCCGCCGCGCGUGCCCGCGCCGCCGCGGAAACCCCCCCCCUCCCUCCGCGCACGCGCACGCACAGCUGGGGCGAAGCCGGCGCGCGCGCGCGGGGCUCAGGCAUGUGACUCGCUCGCUCGCUCGGCCUGCCUGCCUGCGUGACGUCACUUCGCCCAGGCAACAGCACUUUUUUUUUUCUUUAAGUUCCCAGCAGUGUGUGUGUGCGCGCCCGCUGUGUGUCGUUUUAUUUCUCUCCCCCCUUCCCCCCCGCCAAGUAAAGUGGGCCCUGCUCGGCGUGUUCCCAUCCUCUCCUUCCUGUUUCCGCCCGGAGGCACCUGAUUGCAAGAUGUCCCGACCAGCCGCCUGCGCUGCCGACUCUGCCAGUGGGGCAGGACCAAGAGAACAGCCUUGAGAGGCAGACUGGGCGAGCUCCAGCCAGAAGCUGUGGACAGACGCGCCGAGACCGAACCCUGGGAAACCUCCCGUCCCGGCGCAGAGAAACCCUCAGGCCUGGAGGCAGCUGAGACACUCUGUUCCACCCUUUUUUUUUUUUAAAACUGUGGCAGUGCUGACACUCUGUGGAUAGGAAGGGGUUAAGGCACAAAGACACGGUUCCGGGGAGCUGUUGACAUGAUUAUGCACAGUAAACAGUGAAAGAAUCUCUGGCACACACAAAACAAAGGCGUAAUUACAGAGGUGGAGGAGUGAUUUCGUUAUGACAAGCUGCUGUGCAGAAGAUGUCCGCACUGUCUGCGACUAAUAUCGCUGAUGUUGGUCACGGCGAUGGCAGAGUGUUCCCCCCGUCGCCAGAGCUGCUCCUGGACUGCAGCAGCGCGGAGGAGACGAGCAGCAGCCUGGUGACCGAGGGCGGCCAUGACCCCCAGCAGAUCGGGCUGCCCCCCCCUCGCCCCGGGCCGCCCGCUCGGGGCCACAAGAGCGAGCCGGGCACCCCGGACCUGAGCUGCCAGCUGCCCAUGGACGCGGCUGCCGACGCACUGGCGGCGAGCCCAGGUAGGUGGCCUGCAGCCUGCGAGCCAUGGGCUGCUGCAGGGGUUGGCCUUUGGGCUGGGCUGCAGGAGGGCCAGCGCCUGUCCUCCGCGUCAUCAGUCCGAGCCCCGCGCUCUCCCCUGUGUCGCAGCGCCCCGGUCGCUUUGAGAGUCGUUUACUGCCCCGGUGGCUCAGGUUGUCACUCGUCGACCUGUUUGACCUCCUUGCGGAACGCAGGCGUGCUGUCCGAGGAGCAGAUCCGGCUGAAGAAGAUGAAGAAGCAGCACGAGGACGAGUCGGUCCGCACGGCCGCCGCCCCGCAGGCCCCCGCCCCCUGGACGGAGCCCCCCAAGCUGGCACCGGAGCAGCUGGAGAUGAUCGAGAAGCUUGUGGCCGUGCAGAAACAGUGCAACAAGCGAUCCUUCAUCGACCGGCCCAAAGUCACACCGUGGCCCCAGAACCAGGACCCGCUGAACCGCGAGGUGCGCCAGCAGCGCUUCGCCCACUUCACCGAGCUGGCCAUCAUGUCGGUGCAGGAGAUCGUGGACUUCGCCAAGCAGCUGCCGGGCUUCCUGGAGCUGACCCGGGAGGACCAGAUCGCUCUGCUGAAGACCUCCACCAUCGAGAUCAUGCUCCUGGAGACCUCCAGGAGGUACAACCCAGCCAUCGAGAGCAUCACCUUUCUGAAAGACUUCAGUUACAACAAGGAGGAUUUCGCGAAAGCAGGCCUACAGUUUGAGUUCAUCAACCCCAUUUUCGAGUUCUCCAAGGGGAUGAAUGACCUGCACCUGGACGAAGCAGAAUACGCGCUGCUGAUCGCAAUCAACAUCUUCUCUGCAGACCGGCCGAAUGUCCAAGACCACGAUUUGGUGGAGAGGCUGCAGCAGCCCUACGUAGACGCACUUCAUUCGUACAUCAGGAUAAAGAGACCCAACGACCACCUGAUGUUUCCCCGCAUGCUGAUGAAGCUGGUGAGCCUGCGGACCCUCAGCAGCGUGCACUCGGAGCAGGUCUUCGCUCUGCGCCUCCAGGACAAGAAGCUGCCCCCGCUGCUGUCCGAGAUCUGGGACGUCCACGAGUGACCGAUCGCCCGCCCGCC